AUAAAAGUAGGCCAAGGAGUUAAGUUUUUGUUGUCUGUGGAACCUUUUUUCCGCCUCUGUAAUAUCAUAAUAAUAAUACAAAACAAUAAUAAUAAAAAUGGGUGGCUUAUCUUAGAAAACUGACUUAAGAACUCGAAAUUUCAAGUUUGCUUUUGUGAGAUAAUUUUGAUUCUAUUGACUGCAGUUUUGACUGCAAGUUUUUCCGGGCCGGAAAUUCCCGUCCACAGUUGUCUGGUCAAUUUAGCUAGCUAACUAGCUGCUCUUCAGAAACUCUUCAGAUAUGCUACCUAAAUCUGAGAGCAAGGUUCACCCGCACCUAGUGACUCAGCAGGUGCAGCAAAAAACACAUGGAAUAAAUCAACCAUGGGUUUCUGCUUCUUGUAAGCGCCUUGCUCUCGCCUCCUGGAUCAAGGAAAACAUUUGCAAGAAGGAAUGUUGCUUUUUUGAAAAAGAUGGAAGAGGGGAUGUGUGUAAGUGUGGCUACGCAAAAACUGAUCAUACAGACGAAGCCAUCAAGCCAGAAGACUUCACAGGCGAGUCGUGGAACAUACACAGACAUGUCCGCGAAGCGCCCACUGAUGCUUUUGGAGACAUCAGCUUUGGUGGUUUGGGACAAAAGACAGGCAAGUACGCCCGAGUGUCCACAGACACCAGCCCUGAGAUCCUGUACCAGUUAUUGACUGAACAAUGGAAACUGUCCCCUCCCAAUCUACUGAUCUCAGUGACCGGAGGAGCCAAGAAUUUCUAUCUGAAGUCUCAUCUCAAGAACAUGUUCCACAGAGGGCUGAUCAAAGUGGCCCAGACAACAGGUGCAUGGAUCAUCACUGGUGGUACCCACACAGGUGUGAUGAAGCACGUAGGGCAGGCUGUGAGGGACUACGCCAUGAGUAGCUCCAUGCAGAGCAAGAUUGUAACUAUUGGAGUGGCAACAUGGGGGAUAAUUCAUAACAGGAAAGCACUGGUGCAUCCAGAGGGAUGCUUCCCUGCCCAUUAUUUGAUGGACACUGGGAAUCAGGGCCAGUUAUCUACUCUUGACAGCAACCAUACCCACUUCCUGCUGGUGGAUGAUGGAACCCACGGACAUUAUGGUGUAGAGAUUAAAUUGCGUAGCUGCCUAGAGAUGUGGAUCUCCAGAAAGUGUCUUGGAAAUAAAGGGACUGGUGGGACUAUUCCUGUGGUGUGUGUGGUUUUGGAUGGCGGACCAGGCACGCUGAAUACCAUCUACAAUGCUAUGCUGCAUGGAACACCAUGCGUGAUCUUGGAGGGCUCUGGGAGAAUAGCAGAUGUUAUUGCACACGUGUCAGGACUGCCACUUAUCCAAGUCACUAUUGCCCUCAUCCAGCAGUUGAUGAAGAAGUUUUUUGGUCAAGAGUAUGAACAGUUCUCAGAUGGCAAAAUCAUAGAAUGGACCAAGAAGAUUCAGGACAUCAUCAGGAUGCCACACCUGCUCACAGUGUUCAGAGUGAGCGGGGACUAUCAUGGGGAUUUGGAUGUAGCCAUUCUUCAAGCACUACUCAAAGCCUCGAGAUCCAGUGAAUUCCUGGGAGUCGAAUGCUGGAAGAGGCAGCUGGAGCUGGCUAUAAACUGGAACCGGGUGGAUAUAGCUGAGACUGAGAUCUUCACUGAGGAGAGCCAGUGGAAGUCCAGUGACCUCCACUGGGCCAUGUUCUCAGCCCUGGCUGGCAACAAGCCUCAGUUUGUGAGUCUGUUGCUGGAAAAUGGUGUGAGUCUGAGGGAUUUCCUGCAGAAGGAGGAAACUCUGUGUGAGCUCUACAAACAGCUGCCCAGCUGCUUCUUUCUGCGCAAGCUGGCUAAGCGGAUCCACAGUGCUCGAUGCAGCGGGAGGCAAGCUUUCGGCAUCAGAACUCGAGCUAGCAGGGAGCAAGGCGAAAAGAUCUCCUUAACUUAUGUCUCUGAUGAGGUGCGCCACUUGCUGGGCAAGUUCACCCAGCCCCUCUAUCCUCCCUCCACAGACCAGUUCAACAUGUCCAUGGAUGAAACGUCACUGUCACCGUCUAAAAGUCAGACAAGUUCCCAAGCUCAGCUCCGGGAGGACAGUCCUGAAACACAGAGGGACCCGGGCACAGACCUUUUCCUUUGGGCUGUCGUCCAGAAUAACAAGGAACUGGCUGAAAUUGCCUGGGAGCAGUGUAGGGAUUGUAUGUCUGCUGCUCUGGCUGCCAGUAAGAUCCUGAAGAAAAUGGCACGAGAAGGAAGCGAUGCAGAUGAUGCAGAAGAAAUGCGAGAACUCGCCAGUCACUAUGAGAAACAUGCCAUUGGUGUCUUCACCGAGUGCCACAGCAGUGACGAGUCGCGCGCUAAGAAACUGCUGGUUCGCAUGUCACACUUGUGGGGCAGAACGACAUGCCUGCGGCUGGCACUCGAGGCAGAUGACAAAAACUUCAUAGCUCAGUCUGGUGUUCAGGCUCUGCUGACUCAGAUCUGGUGUGGUAAGCUUUCAGUAGAGAACCCUGUGUGGAGAGUGCUGAUCUGCAUGGUGUUUUUCCCUCUUAUGUACACUGGCUUUCUGUGUUUCAGACAUGAUGAAAUCAUCCAGAGAGAAACUGCGAAAGACGAGGAGAUGAAGAGAGUGGAGACCCUGACAGGAAGCACACUCAGAAGAAAUGGUUAUGGCCCCUUGAAGCCCAUGAAGCCUCUGGGCUGCUGGUCCAGGCUGAUGUACCUGUACACCUCCCCACAGGUUAAAUUUUACUGGAACAUUGUAUUUUAUUUCGCCUUCCUCUUCCUGUUUGCUGUGGUGCUGAUGAUCGAUUUCCAGAGCACGCCCUCUGCUGGCGAGCUGCUGCUCUACAUCUGGCUGCUCUCGGUGGUGUGUGAGGAGGUCAGACAGCUCUUUCAUGAUCCAGAUGGUUUUGGGUUUCGUAAGAAAGCCAAGAUGUACAUCAAUGAGUUUUGGAAUAUUUUAGAUGUCCUCUCCAUCAUCCUGUUCCUUAUCGGCCUUGUAUUUAGGCUGACAACCGAGCUGUUUUAUCUCGGUAAAAUCAUCCUCUGCAUCGAUUUUGUGGUCUUCUGCCUCCGUCUCAUGGCCAUCUUCACUAUCAGCCGAACCCUCGGACCCAAAAUCAUCAUAGUCAGAAAGAUGAUGAUGGACAUGUUCUUCUUCAUGUUCCUCCUGAGUAUCUGGGUGGUGGCUUAUGGCGUCGCCAAACAAGGCAUCCUCAUCCACAAUGAAAAUCGUCUGGCUUGGAUCAUCCGUGGGGUGGUUUACGAGCCAUACCUCAUCAUAUUUGGCCAGUUUCCUAAAAAUAUUGACAACACUGAGUUUGACAUGAACUCUUGCAGCGUGAAUGCUACAGAUCCCCUGAAGCCCAAAUGUCCCGUGUUGAACGAAAACCAGAGCCCCGUCUUUCCUGAAUGGCUCACCAUCAUCAUGCUUUGUGUUUACUUGCUCUUUGCCAACAUACUGCUGCUCAACCUCUUAAUAGCAAUUUUCAACUUUACAUUUGAGGAAGUCCAGGACAACACAGACAAAAUAUGGAAGUUUCAAAGAUACGAGUUAAUUAAGGAGUACCACAGUCGACCUGCUGCCCCUCCUCCUUUCAUCAUCCUCAGUCAUAUCUACCUCUUCAUCAGAAGCAUGGUGCUGCGGAGGCCCGCCAAAAUAUACAAAGAGUUCAAGAAUGAGCUCAACCCGACAGAGGAUGAGGAGCUGCUGACCUGGGAGUCUUUGAUGAAAGACAGAUACUUGGUGUCUGCGCGGCAGGAGCAGAGCCAGAGCACGGAGAGACGCAUCCUGGACACAGUCCAGAAAGUUACCAUCAUAACUGAUCUGCUGGAGAGAAAUGGGGAAACGAGCGCUGCUGCCAUGCUGAAAAGACUGGCUCAACUUGAAGAGCAGGUCAGCCAGUCAACUAAAGCCCUGCAGUGGAUUAUGGAUAGUCUGAAAUCUCAGGGUCUGCCCUCAAAAGACACACAGUCACGGACUCCAGCUGUCGUAGAUGAGACCCCAGAUUCUUUCAGGAAUACGUCGGAGAAAGGAAGCGGUUUCCAUGUGAAAUCCCGUCAGUUUUCCUACCCGAACAGCAAACUCACACGCUUCCCUGUGCCUGAGGAGAAGGUGCCCUGGGAGGUCAGUUUCAGCUCAUACAAACCAACUAAUUAUACCUCUGAUGACAGCGAAGGCCAUGUGGAUGGAUCAGAACCAGAAGCCUUAGCUAAUUACAGAAACCCAGGGGGGAGGACAGGCAUCAGUGGGCGUGGGGCACUGAGCCGCCUGGGUCCAAACCUCAGUGUAGAACUUGUGAUUACACGCUGGCGAGACAGCGAGAAGUCAGUUCUGGAGUACCUGGCAGUUUAUGACGAGAGUCGAGGAACUUUAUCUUUACCUGGAGGCCCUGUUGAGUCUGCUGAUAAACUGCCACCAACUCUUAAAAAAACGAUGGGAAAAAAGCUGUAUGAAACGAUUGAGGCAAAACUGUCAGAGGGAACAAAGGUGUUUGAGGGUUAUGUGGAUGACUACAGGAACACGGAUAACGCCUGGGUGGAAAUGACUGUCCUAAACAUUCACCUGAACAGAAAAAGCCAGGUGAUGGUGGACAUCAACAACACGGUGCUGAGCAGUAACGGUGCUCUUCAGUGGCAGGAGGUGAGCAGCAGAGCCAGACUUAGCUCAAACCAAAGAGAGUCGCUGCGGCUGGCUGCUGCGCUGCACAACAGGAAGUUCUGACAUUCACGACGCUGUGGCUGUAAAUGUGCCUCUACAUCUCCCCGUCACUGCUGCCUUUUCUUCAAAUAUGUAGAUUAAUUGUGUUGCACUGAAAGCUAUAAUGUACAUUCUGCUGCUGCUGACUAUGAAAUGAAUGUUGAACCUACACUGUUAACUGCUGCUCACUAAAAACAAUCAAAUAUUAACAUUCAGAGAAGAGUGGCUACUCCUCCACACUGAUAGGAGCCAGCUGAGGUGGUAUGGGUCGUCUAGGUGAGGUGUUUCAGGCAUGUCCUACUGGGAGGAGGCCCUGGACAGAUCCAGGAAAAGAUCGCUACUUAAAAUCAGCUGGAUGAGCUGGGCGUCUCUGCUAAGACCCCCUGCGACCUGAACCUGGAUAAGAAAUUGGAGGAAUAAUUAAAGGGGACUAAUUAUGUUAAUUUCCAGCUCUCUAUAUUUUUUUAAAUUUCAAUUCUACUAGAGUAGCUUUGCAUGAUUCACAGCUCAAAAUAAUCCUUAUUUAUCUUUUCCUGACUAUGCAGCACUUUAGAUUAUCCUCUUUCUGUGCUCAUACUAUAUUGGGGAUAUGCACUCAGUGAUGACAUACAGAGCCAAGAAUAUUAUAAAAACAAGCACUCAUAUCACAGGGAUUACUUGAACAUAUAGUGGCCUCAUUAUUAGAAACUUCAGUGAUGUGUGAUAUGAGCCAUUGUUACAGUAUAUGUGUGACAGAAAAAGUGGAACAGAUCUCUUUUAAGUGAUCAGAGUUCACUAAUGGCGCACAGGGUACUUUAACUUACAGUUGUCUAAUAGUAUGUAGCAGUUAUAGAGCUUAUUCUUUUAUAACACACAAGACAAUCAUCAGUAAUAAUAAUAAUCAUGUUACAACUUGGUGAUAUUAAAUAAUAAUCUACAUUUUUUUAAA